GGGAAGCACCAUGUUCUGUUUUUAUCCACGACACGCGUUUCCAUUGCACUGGUCCCUUUGGAACUUCGGCGUCCCACAGUAAUUAAUCGCUCGGCUAACGGUAGAGAUGUCAGUACCGCUGUCAGGAUUCGUCUCAAGGCGAUGCAGCGUUGAACGCAACAGCCCUGCUGCGGGCCAGUACGCAGCACUUGCUGCAACAGCUCUCCGCUCGUGUUCAACUCCGCUGGUGCAUUUCAAUGGAAUGUCCGUGGACCUAUCGCCGUUCCAUGGUCCCUGCUCGCAGCCGUUCCUCGGAAAGGUCGAGGUAACUGACCUCCAGAUGCUUGUAAUGGAGAGAAAAUGAAGGAAGCCUCAUUCGUAAACCACAGAUAAGCCGUUCAAGGACAGAUCCACCCUCAGCUGGCUCGAUAAACUCGGGAACGGAGCAACGCAAAAGUCCUGUGGCGGAGUCGUUCGGAAUGUCGCAGCUUCUCGCUAUUUGUCUUGCGGCCGUAGCACUUGUGUGCGGGCCCGUUGAAGGAAUACGCACUCGCUUCAACUCGACAUGCAUGACCGACAUGCUGGGUUCGUUUGGUCUCGAGCGCCACACGGUUCGCAUUUACGAGAAGAAGCUCGGCGAUGGCAAAGCAGACAUCUAUACGCUGCGCAGCAAGCCGAGUAGAGCAGUGAUGAUGCUGGAGCGUUACGGCAUCUUUGAGAGUGCCGAGAGAGCCAGGUUGCUUCUUUGUCUCACAGCGGGGCAGCAAGCAUUCGGUUGUGACGUGCCGAACCCAUGUCAGAAUGAAGGUCGCUGCGUUUUCAGCCAACAUUCCUAUGACAAGUUCAUCUGUGACUGUCGGCCGGGGUACAAAGGACAUAGCUGUCAAUUCGAUGUGUGCAAUUCUGAUCCAUGCCAGCAUCAUGGUAGCUGUUUUCACUCUAGUGAAGGUUACGAAUGCAGAUGUAAACCAGGAUUCGCUGGGCCAAAUUGUGAAAUUGACCAAGACGAGUGUUUAUCGUCGCCUUGUACCAAUGGCGGUACGUGUGUGGAUUUGGAGAACGGCUUUCGUUGCAAGUGCCAGCCUGAAUACGGAGGAAAGCGGUGCCAUAAACGUAGCCUCACACUGGAAGACUUCACAACACUACGGAACACCGUGGAGGAACUAGAGCGUAACUUGGAGACGGUCAGUAACCUUCAGCAGCAACCGGCGGCAUCCAAUAAUCCUAGCGGCAGGGUACAGACGAAUAGUGCAGGAUUGGAUCAACCGUGCCAAGGUAUUAUUGGUUGGCGGUAUGUGCCUUGGUCGUCCUGGAGAAGUGGCGAGGAUCAGGGCUCGCUGCGGCUGGAGAACUAUGUGAAGAAACGUGAUGAUACGUACCUGAAGAUCACCUUCAACAGCGUGCUGAUGCAGAAUGCACACGAUCAGUGUGCACAAUGGUCUAUUCAUGUUGAUGGGAAGAACUGCUCUGAACCCGCCCCCAUACAGACUGUUAUUCACACGUUUCACAGCCAGGAACACAACAAUUAUGCUGAUCGGCGACCGGCUCAGGUUAUGGGAAUGUGCCGUGCAUCAGACAGAGGUCCACUGCUGCGCGGUUCUCACGCAAUUUCCGUUCACGUAGGCACAUGCCCAGGGUAUGAUAGUGCAGAUGCCAGUACGGGUUGGGCGGACGGUUUGACCAGUUUUCUCAUGGUGGAGGAGUACUGUCCACCCAACUAAGAGUUUUGUGGCUUGGCCGAGCUGGAUAUGACUGCCUUGUUUCCCUAACAAACACAUGGACUGUGUGUGUUUGUGUGUGUGUGUGUGUGUGUGUGUGUGUGUGUGUGUGUGUGUGUGUGUGUGUGUGUGUGUGUGUGUGUGCGUGCGUGCGUGUGUGUGCGUGUGUGUGUGUGUGUGUGCGUGUGUGCUGGCUUCCGCUAGCAACUCUCCCACAGUAAAUGUACCUGACAUAGACUAGCUGGUGAUGUAUUGCUCAUUUACCAACAUGAUAAUGAAACCGGUUCAUGUUCACAAGUCCAGGAGAGUGCUUCCCAUUCAGGGUGCCUCUGCCUCACCGAUGAAAAUUACGUACAUGAAGGGAUAGCCUUAUUUCUUGUAUGACACCAGGCGCUUAACUAGUUCUGAACGCUGGACCAAGUAAGGUCCAUUGCAAUAAUGCAAAAUGAGGUGACAGGUUGUCUAAGUAGUCUUGGCUAGUGAUGAAGGAUGCUGUGCACGUGGAUGCUUUCUGACAGUUUGUUUUGCCCUAUCCCUGUUUUCAUAGUUGAUUUGAUUGCAUUCCUAGGCAAGCACAAUUAGUGUAUGCUCUCACUAUGGUCACAUUCUGUGUUCAUUCUUCAUAACCAUCCCAACCAUCGCAUAGGUUCUCAUGUAUCGAAGCACGCAUACACACGCUUUUUUUUGUAUUUGGAAUACUAACAGUAAACACUGGAAAUGUUGGAGCCUCUUUUGAGUUUCCUUCUCCUUUCUGUGACGCCAACUUCCCUUUACGGUUAUGCUAUCUUGUUGAUCAUGGUGUAGCGGCUGA